UUUUUCUAACAGAUUUAAUACUGCUUAGGAUAUUUAACACAAUCGUUUGAAUUUGUGGAAGUGAUUUAGUUUGGCUUAAUUCAAGUGAGGACCAAGGAUUAUUUUAUUUCACAAUGAACACUUUCGAUGUCACAGUUGCUUCGGAAUCGAAUCAACAUUAAUCUCCGAAUCACCUUGUUUUAAAAUCGAACACAGCGAGUUACCCCCCAGUCUGUACUGCGGGACUCGCAACGUCAACACAGAAACACUUUGGCCUCGCUCUCCGGCAGCGCACGAAGAGAAAGAAAGAGAGAAACAGGAGUAAUGACGAAUCGACAUCACAAUGCGAACCCGAGGAGCGCGGCGCCGAGGGGAGAUGCUGUCACGUGGGUGGGCGGCAAUUGCGGUCGGCAUGGAUCCUACGUCUUCUAUAAAGCGUUCCGCUACCAUAUCACCUCUGAACCGACACGAUUACCCUCCUUGCCAAAUACACCACGCGGUCGAACACGAGACCGGAGGCAUCAGUCCGAGGCCUCUCGCUCUGAUGACGCAGACUCGCCUGAUGACGUAGCUCGUGACGUCAUAGGCACCGAAGAGCGCAUAUUGGCGCUUGGGGAAUUCUUCUUCGUUCAAUGCCGCCCCGAAGACCCUGUGUGCGUUGGUGAGCUACAGCUGCUUUGGCACGACAAACACUCUGGACAAGACCUUGCCUCUACAAGGUUAUAUUACUUGCCGGACACUACACCGGCUGGAAGGACAUCUCAACAUGGUGAAGACGAAAUGUUGGCGGUUUCGGAAAAGAUCGUUAUGCGAACCACCGACCUUGCCUCGUGGUUGGUCGAGCCUGAAGAAUGGAACUAUGGCAGCCCCCUUCUCCUUACCCCGAAACCUCCAAACGGUGGUGUAAUACAACCAACUACUCCCCCCCUCCACCGAUAUUCCCUCCUACACUCCAGUGUAAAUAUGCAGGACGUACUGAUGGAACGAAAAGCUCUCAACACAUCAACAAAUACAGCCUGCUGCCUACAUUCCAAUGCUACAGCCCAAGAAGAUGGAAGUCCUGUACAGCAAACUUGCCAAUGCAACGGUGCCAGGAGACACAAGGCAGAAGUUCUAAUGCUGAGCGUCAGUGCUUACUGUAGACACAAGGCGCUAAUGAAGCGUAUCGAAGGAACGGAGCGUGAUUGGCUGGAGCGUCCGGGGGCGGGUUUGAUGCUUGCUGCACUUGGAAUAUUCACGAGUGACAACCCGAGAGCAAGGGUCGUGUUUUGUCGGGAUACUUUCGACUAUCCCCAGCUUUUUGAGCACGAUUUGAUCUGCGAAGAGCUCGCGCCAGUGUUUAAGGGUCGCCCGCGUAAGAAGCCUAAAAAUAAGAACGGCUCAAACGGAUCUAAAUUAGGCAACAAAAAGUCAUCGGGAAGUGCUGGAAUUAGAAACGUAGCUAAUAAGCAAGAAAACGCAUCAUCAGAAAAGGACGGCGAAGCUCUCACCCCGACUCGAAGAUACAGCAGCCGCCGCCGCAGCAAGCGCAAAUCCCCGCAGACAUCACUUUACGAGCAGGAGUUCGCGCCGCAGUCCCGAUCGAACAAAAGAAGCCGGCGUACUUCUGCGCGCACCCCAACACCGGUCAGCGAACUCUCUGACGUUAAACCAAGACUUGAGGCUUCUUCGAGGUCGGAACCCGCCUCCCCUGACUCCAAAACCAGCGUCAACGGAGGAUACGCUUCAGAAGCGACCGUAGCGCAAACUAUUGACGCGGCUGCGCAAGCCGCGGUUACCAACUCCUGGAAAAAGAAGACUCGACCAAAACGCCGCCCAGGACGCCGAUCCUCCACCUCAGCUUUAAGCAUAGCAAUCAAAAACAGUCUACUAGAAAAUAACCCAGUUUCAAAAGAAAACGACUCCACCGAAAACAAAACCUCUCAAGUUCCCCGCCCUCCCUCUACAUCAAGCUGCGUGUCUUCAUCGUCCGAUCCAUCGUCUCGAAGUUCGAGUCCCUCAAUUGAGCUUCGAACCCGGGAUCUUAAUACCCAAGCCCCCACACAGCGUUCAGAUUCUCCAGCAUCUGUUGCUUCUUCUAUCGCCAGCCACGACGGUCUUUCUUCGCCUUCGUCUGGUUCUCCGCUUGAUUUUACUGCAAUAAUGUCUGACGAUCAAUGCUCUGUUCGAGCCAACGUUACGCCUUUGACUACGGAAGAUUCAGAGAGCCUUCGCGGGCUUCGCGACGGUAAAAUCCUGGAGUCGCAAUCUGCUUUCCUCGAGCUUCUGUACCAGUUCAUGAGGAAAAGAAACACACCUAUUGGAAGAAUACCUUCUCUGGGGUUCAAAAAACUUGACCUGUGGACCUUUUUCAAGCUCUCCCAAGAAUACGGAGGUUAUGACAUGGUAACAGCCAAACGUCUAUGGAAACACGUCUAUGACCGUAUGGGCGGAAAUCCCUCUUGUACAAGCGCUGCUACGUGUACAAGAAAACAUUUCGAAAAAUUACUGUUACCAUUGGAAAUGCAUCUCCGAAAAACAUUACGUCCGAAAGACAACGAUUUGACGAAAAAUAAACUGGACGGGGAAGUAGAAGACGUCAAUUCAAAUUCGACCACACCCCUCCAUAUUUCACCUCAGUUAAGAACUUUUAACGGAGACGCAUAUUUUCACAACGAAACUUCACUUCACAAACCCGGCAAACCAGCUACACAUUCUACAGCAACGGACCAACAGUCGAAGAGAACCGAGAUCCUUGUCGGCAAACAACAACAUUACGAAAAAGGUGCUACGCCCCUUUCAAGCACCAAUAGCACAAGCUGUAUCGCAGCCAGCGUUGCCCCGUUCGUCAAUUUUGAGGCGCUUGCUCACAGUGUUAUCCGAGACGAACUUCUCGCCAACCGGGGGCCGCACAGUAGCAGCCAGCGUCAUCAAAACGAACACAGCCUGUCCCCAAGACCCCACGACUUAACUAAGACCCCUGAUUCCCACCCGGCAUCCACUCGAGCCGAAACAACUCGUAUUAUUACUCCUUCUCCGUCGGAAAGACAAGGUGUCGUCACGACUGUACCAUCAACACAACAUUCCCACUUUGGACCGCCUCUUUUUAGCAUUAGAACUCGAACACAUUGUCCUCGGUCGAGUGGUGCCCCUCCUCCGUUCGUACCUACCAGAUCAAAACCGGUUCAAUUGCUUGCCGAAGCUGGCGCGCGUCUUGGCGGCGAUAACGGCGAAGGCAGUCGUUCAAAACCGCCAAUGUUCGAUGACAAGCACGAUUCCGAAAGGCUCGCAGAACGCCACCGAAAUCAACAGAAACGUCAAUUUGGAGAAGUAUCAAACCCAGCAUCGAGUUCCCCGUCAAGUCCAAAACGGCCUUGUCCUGCUACAUCCCUUACAACACCUUCGCCAAGCAAUCGAAGAUACGACAUUCGAAACUUGGUCUCAAUUCCGACAGAAGAUAACUCCAAAACAAGAAAUCCUGAUAUUGGCUCGGCAAAGACUUUUCCGAACCCCGACGGUCCGAGGCAGCAAGUUUCGGAGACCGAGGCGACUCGGCUAAAGUACGACCCACUAAUAAGACGAGUAUUUCCGGAUCACCGGCCCACAAAGGUAGCGCCGAUCGGCGAACACGACGCUGAACGUACGCAAAGUCGCCAGGUGACGCCCAAGAGCCAUGUAACGGAUCGGGGAGUGAGAAACCCGGACGAAACGAAUCGACCCCGGGAGGAAUUUGUUGACCGACAUUGGCGUCCGGAAGUUGGUAUAGAUCGGAAGAGAGAGUCGGAAGAUGCUCAUCGAAGAUCAUCUGCUACAUCUUCCUCCGGAUACUACUAUCCACCGAAGAACAAUAACACUUCACAUAAAGAAGCCUACUACCGCCCUGUCGGCAUGAUAGCUAGCUAUAGAGAGGCAAAACAACGCAUCCAGCAACAACAGCAGCAAAAACACACUCCUUCCGACCCCGCACCCAAACCAGGACACCACACACAGCAAGCAAGCAGCCACGAAAAAAUGUCAGGUCCACACAUGGUAGCUGAAGAGCGAAAGAUCCUUCGCCCAAGCAGUCCCCACCGACCAAGUGGCAAUGGAACCUCGCAUUACCAAACCCCAACCCCAAAACCCCUAAUGCAAAAGCGGGAUUCUCAGAGUUACUCACACCAUCAUACCCCCUCACACAACGCACGACCACCAACUAAAAGAGAACCGGACUCCGAACGAAAACCGUUUUCCGCCUCUUUUUCCGUGGAUCGGCUCACAGCGAAAAGCCACGAUGCUCCCAAUCCCCACAAACCGCAACCUCCAAAACAGGAACCAACUCAGCAGCGAUAUCCAUUCGUACCUGGUAGAGUUGCAACACCAAAGCAAUCUCCAUACGCUGACCGUUGUGCCCCUGACCGCAGAUCUUUCCCGCCAUCUGCAACAGGAGAUCCAUUCAGAUCUCAACACUCUCUCUCCCACCCACAAGGCCGGAACGGUGCUACCCCGACAAGACUAUCUAAACCAGAGUAUAUCCCUGACCGUUCGCCCCGCGACGGCAAGAGCGAUAUUUUUGCCACGCCGCCUGGUAGAGCCAAGGACCCUUCCCCGCCUGUUAAACAUGGUUCCCAUCUCUCCCCAUCCGCGCGGGCGUUAUUGGCGAAUCUUCCGCCGCCAGUUGCUUCGGCAAUUUACCCGUACAUCCCGAAGGACUGUCCUCCUCACGUGCUAGCAAGGAUUCUUCAAGAGACGGAGAAAGUAAUCGGCAUCACGCCAGGGGCACCUCCUGUUCCACCACCACUUGAUAUAAUGGCGCGACAUCAGGCUCAUUUUACCCAACAGCAGAAACAACUCGAACACCAAACCGCGCUUCAAGAUGCCGUUCUUCGACAGCAUCUAGCCGGGGAUCCUUUCCGAAUGAUUAGUCCUCAAGAACAACAAGCAGCGGCGAUGGAUUAUCUUGCUCGCGCCGCAUCCGCGGUAAACGGAGGUACGGCACCCAAUAUGCAACCUGGUCCCGACCCUGCUCUUAUGGCGUCAAAAUUACAGAUGUACCAACUAUACACCCAACAACUGGCGAGUCUGCAUCAAAAUGUCGCUCGUCAGCUUCAGGAAACAGCGGGCCCAAGUGUGCCUCAAGCUGCAAAGUUGGGGCACGUAACCAGCUCAGAUAUGCUGCAGCAACUAGCGCGAAUCAGCAGCGGACAAAUCGGGAAUGGCACAACCGCAUUUCCAGACCUCCGCAACCCUUCUUACCUGGCCGCCACCCCGCAAAUUCCGCCCCAGAUGACGCCUGAAGUUGCCGCACGAUUGGCGUACUCAAUCGGCAGGCGUUAAACUGGCCAACUCGUCCCCAAUUUUUACCGAUUACUCUAUCUUUCAUUGCGCAUAAUAGUUCAUUGUUUUACUCUGCUGUUUAACUCUUAUAUUUAUACUGCUUGUAACAACUAUUCUCGUGUGCUACUCUUAUUACGUUCGUGCGAUCGUUACAGAUCAUGCAUAGCAGCAACUUCUCGUUCGACGUACUUACUCCAAACUAUGACGUUAAUUUCGUAUUGACCUAAAGCCGGUGACACUGUGUUACACUGUGCAAACAUUCCAAAUGAUUCUGGCUUCAUUUAUUUUAUUCGCACAAAAUUUUCAACUACAAAAUUUAGCACCAAAUAUGUCCAUUUGUUCUGCAAUUAGCAAACGAAAUUCGCGACACAGUUAAAUGCAUGUCGAAUAGCGCUGUUUUGCUGCUAUAUACGCCUUUUUCAGUUCGUAAAUUCUCAUUUUAUGGCUUUCUGUUUCGUGAUUUUGAAAACAAGAGAAUUUAUAGAUCAACCAAAA